AUGGUACCCACCCUUUACUUUAAGAAAUGUCUGCUGAGAGCCAUGUAUCUAUUGGCAUUUCACGCGUUUCUGCGCAUUGGAGAAAUCUCAUCGGCGGACAACAGAAAAAACGUCCUACAAUUUGAAAAUGUUCAAUUUCGAUUGUUACCGGAUAAGUUACCUGGCUCAGCAGCAGGCCUUAACACACACUUAUACAAGGCACAUAGUUUCCGAAUCGGCGCAGCAUCUGCGGCCUGUUCUGGAGGCCAUUCCAUGGAAGCCAUUCAGAGAAUGGGAAGAUGGAAUUCAGACGCUUACAAAAAAUACAUCCGCAUACCAGUCCUUCAGUUAUAA